CUUUAUUUGUUUUACUUCACAACGUUCAUACAUCUAGUACCGAAUGCAGUCACAUUCUCCACAAUGUUUUUUAAAAGUACAAAUAAAUUUGUUUCAUUUAUAUUUCUAUUAAACAUAUUUCUAUUAGUGCAAGCUCAAAGUGAAAAGAGUAGUGUGACAUUUAUAAUUGAUGAUACUGGAUCGAUGUCUGAUGAUAUACAACAAGUGAAGCGAGAAGUACACACAGUGUUCAAUACAGUGAUGAAUUCGGCUGCAUCGCAAAUAGAAAACUUCAUUCUUAUCACUUUUAAUGAUCCUGGUGUGAAAUUAUUAACUAUAACAAAAGAUAAAGAUGAAUUCAAAAAUUAUUUAGAAUCCAUCGAUGUAAAUGGAGGGGGCGAUUGUCCAGAAUAUGCUAUGUCAGGAAUCGAAUUGGGACUUGAAAAAAGUUUGCCUGGAUCUUAUUUCUACGUUUUCACAGACGCUUCUGCAAAAGACUAUGAAAAAUUGAAACGAAUUCAAAGUCUUGCCAUUAAAAAACAAACACAGGUUGUAUUUCUUUUGACUGGUAGAUGCAAUUAUAACGAUGACGAUCCCAUGUACAAAUCGUAUCACACGCUGGCUGCAGCGACAUCAGGACGAGUAUUUCAUAUGAAUAAGAGCGAAGUGGGAGAGAUUAUAAAGUAUAUAGCCGAUACAGUGGAGAGUCGAAAAACUAAGAUCGUUGCUAAAAAAUUUGCCCCUGGAUACGGCCACAAAGUGGAAUAUACCCUCGAUUCAGAAACGAAUGGUUCGAGUGUAAUUAUAUCAGGUGAAGAUCCUAAAGGAAAAGUGACAAACCCUGAUGGAUCAAUCAGCUCUGUACCUACUAUUGACACAUCUGGAGUAGUGGUUAUAAAACCUCCUUCUCUUACUGGAACAUACAUCGCUGAGGUUGGUAGUAAAUCGGAAACAUCGGUCGUAGUCAUGGCCACUACCAAGAUCGACUUUCAACAUGGUUUCUCUGUGUUUAAACCUAAAUUACUCAAUGCCACCACUAUCAAACCUAUAGCAGAUAUAAAAUCGUACCUGUCGAUUGCGCUUAUAACGGACAGCGAAAACGUUGAGUUGAAAAAGAUAAGCAUCGUAGAUUUAGAUGAUAAAAUUAUUUUGGAGAAACCUGUAGAACUAAUUGAUAAAAAAACCAAUUACUAUAUAACGGAACCCUUUGUACCACCAAACAGUUUAUUUAAGAUUGGAAUAACAGUUUACAAUCCAAAAACGAAUUCUACAAUAAAACGAUUCAGUUUAACACCGAUAGAGCCACAAAAACCUGAGUUAGAUGGUAAACCAAUAGACACGUCUCCUGUGGUAACAAUAUUGGAUGGAUCUGAAUUAAAUGCUGAAUACGAUGAACCUUUAAAACUGGUUUGUAAAGUGCAUGGAUAUCCGAAGCCAGACAUUGUUUGGGAAAAUGCUAUUUCUUCUGAAGUGUUAAAAAGCGAGCUAACUGUGUUGGAACCUCCAUACGACUACAUAAGUACAUUGGAAAUAGACAAAGUAAAUAAUAAUGUUACCUACAGAUGUAAAGCAUUUAUUAAAAGCAAUGAAGAUAGUAAAACAAUAGAUAUUAAGACUAAGAGGAAGUAUUAUUUUGAGAUGUUGGAGAUUCCUAAAGAUUUAAAUAUAGAAUACAAAAAAGAGGGCAGUGUUCAUUGCAAAGUAAAUGCGUAUCCACCAGCAACCACAGUAUGGUAUGCAAAAGGAAAAAGAAUAUACGGAGAUAGUAAAAAUGUUCUCAUAUCUGCCGAUAGCACAAUUCUCACCAUUAAACAUAUGGAACCACAUCUACAAGGGGCGUAUAUGUGCGAAGUUAGAAAUGAAUUUGAAAGAAAUGUUACAAAUUUCAAGAUCUCAAUUACUGGACUAGAAGCACCUGUUAUUAGAAAAGGAGUAAACAAAAUCAACGUAUUGAAAGGAAAAAGUAUUGAAAUAUCAUGCAGAAUUGUACGUGGUAUACCAAAGCCUAAAUUUUCUUGGAUGUUAAGAAAACACUCAGAAACUUAUAGCUUGUCUGAAGAUACUGAAUCUCUUUACUUGAAUAAUGUAACGUCUGAACAUAACGGAGUAUACAGAUGCUUGGCUGUGAAUGUAGUCGGUGUCGACUAUCAUGAUACCGAAGUGAUUGUAAACUAUCCACCUCAAAUUAAAAAUGAUAAAACGGUCAUACAAGCUGUAGAAGGAUCGAAGCCAAUACUCUUAUGCAAUACUGAUGGAGCACCAGCUCCUUACGUUAGGUGGUUUCUCAAUGGCACCUUACUUAGAACGGAUACAGAUCAUCAAAUAUACAGAGACAAUAGUAUGAGAAUCAUCGCUUCCGAAGAAAAUAGUGGCAAAUAUACGUGCGUAGCAGAAAAUAUAUAUGGGAAAGCUGAGAGAACUGUUCAAGUUGAUUAUAUUGUGCCAGUCAAUAUUGAGUUACCAGACAGAUCUACGCUAGAAACUAGAGUAGGAAGACACUUAGUAUUGCCCUGUCGUGCUGAUGGAUAUCCUAAACCUGAUGUGAAAUGGGUAUUUUACAGCACCAAUCCUGAAAUACCGCCCAAAAUAUUGAAGGGAGAGAAAGGUACAUUGACUCUAAAAGCGGCACAACAAGAACAUAGUGGUUUUUACACCUGCAUUGCCAGUAAUCCCGGAAGCUCUGUCAAUAUUACAUAUGAAGUUAAAGUACACGCUCCGCCAGUUAUACUAAAUACACAUCCAGACAGAAUAUAUACUGCUGUGGUAGAAGACUUGGCACUACGUGUACCCUGCCACGCUACUGGUAAUCCGGAACCAGAAAUCACGUGGCAUUUAAACAGACUGCCUGUUCCUAAAGGUGAAUGGUUUGAUAUAGAAGAAGACGGAACUCUAGUGAUAAAAAAUCCAGACAGCAACUCGGGAGGAUUUUACUAUUGUAAGGCACAAAACAAAUUCGGUAUCGAUCAGAAAUAUUUCCAUGUAGUUGUCAAACAAGUUCCUGAUGCAAGUACUCCUACUUCUUCAAUAGUAAUCAAAGAAGGCAAUACAGUUCACAUUAAGUGCGAUGUCCCUCAUGAAAAAAUCGAUAAACUAAGAUGGUUCAAGAACAAUAAAUUAAUAAGAACUGGAGAAUUAAUCCUCAAUAAUGCUAGAGCAGCAGAUACAGGAGUUUAUAUAUGUCGUGUGAGUAAUUUCGUCGAAUCUGCAUCUGCUACAACCAAAGUAACAGUUGGACUAGUUCCAAGAUUUAAGGUAAACGAAGAAAACACUAACAUCAAUUACGAAGAAGGUACAGUCAUUGACCUGAACUGUGUCACAGAAGGAGAACCGACACCUCAAGUAUCGUGGUGGCAUGAUGGCAUAAUAUUAGAUGAAACUGAGUCAACUUAUUAUCUUGAAAUGGAAGAUGACAGCAGUAUUGGACAAUAUACAUGCGUAGUUAGUAACGAAAUAGGAAGUAUCAAUCGUACAUUUACAGUUGCAUUAACAGAUUGUUUACUAAACAUUGAAAGAGAUUUUGAAGGAAAUCAACCUUUAAUGGUCACAAAUGACUUGAGACUGCCAUCAUAUAAAAUUAUUAAUAAUGAAGCUGUGCGAGUGCCAAAAGAUGAAGUCAUAAUAUUAUCAUGUCCUGAAAGAUUUAAUCUUUUGCCUUUAAGUGAGGUUCAAGCUACUUGCAUAAGUGAGACUGAUUUCAAUAUAGGUGGAAGAAUUUAUAAAUACUCCGAUUUAAAAUGUACAACUCCAACACAACCUGUCAUUAGAAAUACAGGAUUACAUUGCGCUGGUCCUAGAACCGAAUCAGUUAAAGUUGGGUAUUCAAUACGAGGGCGAUUCCUUGAGGUUUACGAAGUAUGUUUGAGUAAAGAAAAAGGUGUUCCACUGUACACUAAAAAUUUUAUACAUUGGACUUUAGCUGACGUUGAACCUAAAGAUGCCAAAUGGAUAAACCACGAAUCAGCACCAUAUGAUUUCGAUGCAUUAUAUGAUUGUAGAAAUCAAAUAACUACGAUUUCCUUCACAUUAGGUGAAAAGUUCCAUUAUGAUGAUGGUUGCUGUUUUGCUAAAAGACAAUUGGUUAGUUCAAAAGAUUUAUAUCCAGGACUUCCGCAAGUUACAGCUUUUAAUCACUUAAAUGUAAUUCCUUUAUGGAGUACUUGUGGUUCGAGGAAUUGGGAUGAAGUGGAAGAACGUGUAAGAACUUUAGCUAAUUCGACUCAUAAUGAACUUCUUGUUUGGACUGGUACUUCAAAGCAUUUGGAGCUUCCCAACGUAGUUUCUGAUAAUAUAGCUAUAAAUAUAAAUGAUAACACUAAAGAACAACCUAUCCCACAAUACAUAUGGAAGGUAGUGCAAAAUCCACCAACUAGACAAUCACUUGCAAUCAUAAAAGUCAAUAUUCCCGAUAUGGAUCCACGGGAUGCCUACAAACACAUGCUUUGUACAGAUAUUUGCGAAAAUAUCUCAUGGAUGAGAAACAAAGCCUGGAAAGAUACUACUAAAGGUUUUGUAUACUGCUGCAAGAUUAGGGACUUCGAACGAGCUUUCGGCUUUAACAAUUACUUUAGCCCAAGUGGAAACAGAAUUCUUGAUGCCGUAUCUAUAAUUUCUGAUCAUUCUCUUAUACUUGUGUAGUUUAUAUACACUAAAAAAACAUUAGUAUUAAAAAUAUAUACAUUAUAACUAAUGAACAACACAUUUUUUAUAAAAAAAACAAAUCCUAAAAAAUCUAAUAAACUUAGUGAAAAGUA